GGUGUGGACACAAUGGACCGAGGCUUCUUCCGGAAGGUGGAUGUCCCGGACCAUGCCCACUACAUUGUGGCGUUCUUCGUGGUGGUGAUCGGUGCCGUGGGGGUGGUGGGCAAUGCGCUGGUCAUCUACGCAUUCUUCAGCAACAAAAAGUUGUGGACACCAGCAAACUAUUUCAUCUUGAGUCUGGCUAUAGCUGACUUCCUUAUGGCCAUCACGCAGUCCCCCAUCUUCUUCAUCAACUCCCUCUACAAGGAGUGGGUGUUUGGUCAGACAGGCUGCAAGAUCUAUGCGUUCUGUGGGGCUUUGUUUGGGAUCGCCUCCAUGAUCAACCUGCUGGCCAUCUCCAUUGACCGCUACAUUGUGAUCACCAAGCCCUUGCAGGCCAUACAGUGGACGUCCAAACGGCGCACUCUUAUCAUCAUCCUCGUGGUGUGGCUUUACUCGCUAGCCUGGAGUCUGGCUCCGCUGCUCGGAUGGAGUUCGUACAUCCCAGAGGGCCUGAUGACCUCCUGCACGUGGGACUACGUCACCUCCACGCCCUCCAACAAGAGCUACACCCUCAUGCUCUGCUGUUUCGUCUUCUUCAUCCCCCUGGGGAUCAUAUUCUACUGCUACCUAUUCAUGUUCCUGGCCAUACGCAGCACUGGCAGAGACGUCGAGAGGCUGGGCAGUCACGGAAGGAAGUCCACCCUGAUUCAGCAGCAGUCCAUAAAGACCGAGUGGAAGCUGGCCAAGAUCGCCUUCCUGGUCAUCAUCGUGUUCGUGCUGUCCUGGUCUCCGUACGCCGCCGUGACGCUCAUCGCCUGGGCCGGGUAUGGCAGUAUCCUCAGCCCAAUUUCAAAGACAGUGCCUGCUGUUAUAGCCAAAGCCUCAGCUAUAUACAAUCCAUUCAUCUACGCCAUUAUCCACUCCAAAUACAGGGACACCCUGGCAGAGAAGGUACCAUGUCUGUACUUCCUGUCCCAGGCCCCGCGGAAGGACUGCAUAUCCGUGUCCAACAGCGAGUGUUCCUUCAGGGAGUCCAUGCUCAGCAGGGCGUCGAAUGGGUCCAAAAAAAAGUUCUACAGGAUCUCCUCCCUGUCCACAGGAGAUACAGUAUGGAGUGAUGUGGAACUGGAUCCCAUGGAUCAUGGAUCACGGGGAAUACGAUCCUGUAUGAAGAGAGAGCGAGACCGAAACCACGUCUAUUUGCCAGGGAAGGUGAAGAGCUCUGCCAAAGAGGAGAAGGGCAAAAUCCCGGAGAGAAGAUCACUGAUCGGCUCCUCCCACGAUCCGUUGCCCAAGUCCGUCAGCGCAGCCGCCGUCCCGCUGCUCGGGGCCAAACACGGCGUGGACGAGGAGGACGAGGAGGAGCGCGAGGAAGAGGCCGCCGAGGACCCCCAAGGAGACGGCCGUGGCUCCGCGGAUCCUCCUCCUAACAACACGGGACUGUCCUUCUACGAGAACGACGAGAGACAGACGCCACGCGUGUCCCCGGUCGUCCAGCGGCGCGGCGUGGACAAGGGUCAUCAGGCGGGGCAGACGAGCACUCGGGUGGGCGAGGACGACCUUCUCGUGGACCUGCAGAGGGCAAACUGCUUGGGCGAUCGGCCGGACCCCGUAGAAAGACCCCUAUGCUAAGUCCUUAGGGGCCGAGCAGAUAGCAGACUCUCUCUUGUGGGAAAACCCUCCGAAGGCCCUUGGGGGCCACAUCACUGGCGUGACUGUUCAAGGCUCCUCCCCUUAGGUGCAGGAAUAUGGACUAUUUCAGGGUGUUUGCUGGACUGUCCUAAAUGGUGUUUGUACAAUGUCUCCCACC